CCCAGCUAUUUCUCCAGAGAUAUGGUGGGCAGUGGAACGUUCACGACAUUGUUCCUUAUCACUUAUCCCAAAAUAAACCUCUGGUAUGUUUGUAAUGCACUACUCAUAAGGUUUCUGAAAAUUCGUCGACGGCCCACGACCGGUUUUGCCCUUCUUGAGGCUCAUCAGGUGGGCGCAGUCCCCGAGUUCCCUGUUGAAUGCUAUUCACAACGCACUGCUCAUAAAGUCGCUGAAAAUUUUUCAACAGCCCACGAUCAGUUUCGUCCUUCUUGGGGUUCAUCAGGUAAGCGCAGUCCCCGGGUUUCCGUCAAUUUUAUGUUCUACUUGAAACCAAAUUGCACGAAAUUAGCGAAAUAG